AUGUCAGAUGAUGGUUUCAUUACCGCUAAAUGUAGGUUAUUAGAGAUAUUCGCAAAUUAUGAUAAUUCUGAAUUGGAAAACAUUGAAAAAUGGAUUUCUUCACAGGCUUAUAAAAAAGGUGAAGUUAUUACAGACUUGGAAAAGAAAAAAUCAUUACUUAAAGGUGAAAAGAAACUGAAAAAAAUUGGUGAUUACAUCAAUAAACUUAUCCCAUUUGAAGCUGAAAUGGCUACGGAAAGUAUAUCACCACCAGUUGUUGGAGAUCAGGCUGAUUGCAAUAAAAACAAUACUUGUCAUAUUGAUGAGUUCCUGUAUGACGAAAAUCAAGUUGAAGAUCUGGUGAAAAAAGGAAAAGUUAACAGGCAUUAUUGUUUAGAUUGCAACUCUAGGAAUGUGAAGGAACUAACAUACAUCUCUCACUCUAUGUCAAGAAGGGCUUUGCAGUACAUAUUUCAUGUUUUGUUACCAAAGGACUUAGAAAACAAACAACUUGUAGAUAUAGGCUCAAGAUUGGGGGCUGUUUUAUAUGGUGCUUAUAAUUUUUCCAAUGCAUCAAAAAUUGUUGGCAUUGAAAUAAAUAAAGAGUUUUGUGAUGUGCAGGAAGCUGCUAUAAAUAAAUUUUCUAUGCAAAAAGAAAGAAUAGAAGUAAUACAUGCGGAUGUCAUGACUCGAGAAGAUAUUGUUCAAUCUGCUGAUAUUAUUGUUAUAAAUGUUUUAGACUUUUUUGUUGAUGUAGACAAACAUAAAGAGAUGUGGUUCUUCUUUAAGAAACACAUAAAAAAAGGGUGCUAUUUGGUUGCUAACAGAAGUAUGGCAGAAACCUUAGGCUAUUUAGAUAUUUAUGAAGAAUUUAUGGACUGGUUGACAAUAUGCAAGCCUUUUCAAUUGGACAAUGAAAUAUUCUUUGAAGUUGAAGAUUACAGUGAACUAUAUCUAUAUUCAAUAAAUUAA